AUGUACACUGAAAAGAUUCUGAACAAGAAGGAGAACAAGGGGUGCGAGAGUCCAGACCCCGACUCGGAAUCCUACAUCUUAACACCACGCACUGAAGCCAAAUACCAGAAGAUCAAUGAGGAAUUUGACAGAAUGAUGAAUGGUGGAAGUGGAGCACCCAUGAACAGGGUACAGAUCCCUCCAGACUACCCGGCCUCCAUGCCAGUGUCCGUCCCGCAAACCUCUACCAGCUUGGGGGCGUAUAACGGAGGCGGCCACCACCACCAUCACCAUCAUCCCCAUGGCCAGCCAAGUCCCAACAGCAACCACAGCCAACAGCAGCAACAGCAGCCACAACAACAACAACAGACACAUGUCACCAGCUCCAGCCUCAUGCAGCCACCAGUCGCCCGGAACAGUCUCAGCCCGCAGCCUCACAUGCUGAGUAGGACGAGCCUGAGUCCAGGUCCCGGUCCUAUGAGGAACAGUCUUAGUCCCCAGCCACAGCUCUCACGAAGUACACUCAGUCCACAACCGCCCAGACCAGCCAGUACAGAGCCUCAUGUGACAACCGUGACUGUUCCCAGAGACAAGGGCAAAUCCCCUGGAAGUUUGGGGCAUGAAAAAGAUGCAGGAAAUACUACUUACUUUCAUGUGCCCACUUCAAACAUGAACCCGGUGUCGCCCAGCGGGGCCGGUGGCGGUGGUGGAGGAGGAGGGGGCAACAACAACCAUCUCCCUCUGAAGUUGAUGGGCAAGCCGCCCAGUAGACCGAACCUCAAGGUGGUCAUACCGAGCUCGAGAGGAAACAUACCGAAUCAUGCUGCAGCAGCUCAGUUAGCAAAUCAACCGUUAGCAACGCCAGCGGUGUCCUUGGCCACGCCUAGCAACCCACAGGGUCUUACCAACUAUCCGUCAGCGUUACCUACAGCGUAUCAAGCAGGUGGGGAAUUUCCCUUAUCCAGUGCAGACCUAAGCCAGCUGACCAACUACAACUCCCCGCUGGUGUCGGGCUGGAGUAAUAUUCAGCAAGGCCCUCUAACGGCUGCUAUACAAGCUGCUGGUAUAGGCAGUCAUAAUCUGACGCCCUCCACGUCGAUGACGCAACACCAACACGAGAGUGGAAUGGACUUGGACCAGUCUAUCAACCCCAACAUCAAGUGUGAGCCGGUCUCACCACCCAAAGAGAGAAAGCUGAUGCAUCCACAGGGUCACCAACAGCAGCCUCAGCAUCCGGGUAGCUCCCCUUCACACUAUCCAAACCCUGAGGACAUCCGCAAAGACCUUCCGCCCAGCAAAAGACCUCGCAUCGGUGAGGCCUGGGUAUCGUAAGGCCGGCCCACCCAGGUUUUCAGCACCAUCUCAUCGGAAGUCGGGGGACAAACACGCAAAAGAGAGAGAGAGAGAGAGGUGGAGGGGACGACCCCGCUUCCCAGCUGAGCCGCUGAAACUCGCUGAAAUAAAAAAAAGGGACUUGUCCAUCAGAUUUUAUUAGCCUAGUUUGGUGAGAGAUGAAAGAGGAUUUUGAGAAAGAAGACUACUCUGCACUAUUUUCCACCGCACCAUGUAUUCCAGCUGGGUAUUUUCUUCACAGCACGCAUGCAUGAUUGUCCAUUGUCAUGUUUAUUUUCUCUUUGUGUCAAACCUUACAGAUGUUGGAUGUGCCAACCAGAAAAAAAACAUUUGUGGCUUCGCUUUGCAGCUGCUACAUCAAAGUCCGUAGCAGUUUUAGAGGGAAAAGAUUGUCUUUCCUUGAGAGUAUUGUAAGGAUGUAGAUGGAGUUUUAAUUUGCAGUCAUUUUGAUGAAAUUCCACUUUUAUGAAAAUCCCAUUUUAUCAAUACAAAUUUUUAAAUAUAUUUUACAUCAGAUGCAAAGAAGAAAUGAAAUUGUCAGCCAAUUUCUUUAAUCUUUAAAUCAUUAUCUUGUGUUUGCGAGCAUAUGAUACAUUUGGGUUUACAUCAUACCCCAUAUACCUUACACCUAGUGUUCAUAGAUUUUCAGUUUCUAACAACAAUUACUGUCGGGUAAUAUUCCUACAAAAAAAAAAUCUUAAUUGGGAUGUAUUAUUUAACCGCUGACUUUAACGAGGCGAUUGACCAUGAAAUACAUAACAAUACCAAUGGAUGAAUCUUUUUGAGAGAUAGUAAGCCGUACAUUACAAAGCGUAAACAAGGGUGGUAACACUGAUUUACUCUACUCAUUAAUUUGAAGCAUGUUUUCUUCUUGUUUCCCAUAGAAGAGUGUGACGGAUUUCUAGACUAGAAAUCAAAAGAUUAAGAGGGAUGAAAAGUCUUGCCUGCCAAAGCAGGUGAUAAAAAAUAUCCAACUCAAAAAGCAAGAUGGCCGCUCCAUAUGGCCGAGAGAAAGAAUUCAUCAUCAGCUGAGAAGUGAAAGGUGAUUGGGUACCGGCAAGAAGUCAUUCAUUUAAAAGCUGUGAGCACUGGAAUCGGUUACCAAGCUUAGCUGGGGUGAUAUAGGAGUACCUUGAGCACCUAAUAAGGUGGAUAUGUGCACUGUACAAAUACCCUAUAUUAUUAUUAUUGUUAUAUGCGUCAUACCAUGCUGCAACCAACCCCCCCUACUCCACCCGGCACACUUUGAUUUGUUUGGAUAGAAAGACGAGACUCUUUAGUAUUUUCUUUUUAUAUUUCAUUAUAUUUCAGAGUACUGUUUGGUGUACAUAAGCAGCACAGUUUUUGAAUGCCCACUCACUGCUCAGUGCUUGUGAUAAAUGUAUUUUUUUUUUCUAUACUCUAUAUGAUUUGGCGGUGGAAAAUGGAGUCGAACUUAGUCAGUCAGAGAAGGAAAUUGGGAUAAAUGCUUUAUAUUAUAUAUUUUGAUAUUGAAGAUAUAUAUUGUAUCUUGUGAUGUGCUCGUCCUCAUGUAGAAAAAACUGCACUUUGUAUGUCGUUGGAGGUAUUUGCGUCAAAAAUUUGAUAUUGUGUGUUAGAAUCAUGAAUGUUAAAAUUUCACAAUGAAUAUCAAUGCAAGACUGUACAUUAGCCAUGUGAGUAAGAAAAAGAGAGAGUCAUUCCUUGGAAGAAAAGAUAUUCAUGAAAGCCAUAUUUCUUGAGAAUUACGGGAACAGAAUAUGAAAAUAUGUAGUGCAGUUUUAUCUACAAUUUAUUGAGUGUGUGCGUGUGUUUUGUGUAAUCUCAGUGAUUUGAUCUAUUGUAGAAUAGCUGGAAAUUGUGAAAAUAAAAAUAAAUGGCAUCUGCACGAACAAGUCUACUGUUGAGCAGUGUGUAAGUGUUCGUCUUGUACAAAGCAACCAAAAAAAAAAGAGAAAAAUGAUAAGUUACUAUCUAUAAGUAAUGCAAGGACUACAUUGAUUACAUUCAUAUGUUGAGCUUCUUGUAUUGCAAGAUUUUUUAUAAAAAUCUUUUUUCUUUUCAAAUGUCUGCUCCCUCAGUUCUGUGGUAUUAUUGAUUUUGUUACAUUGAUAGAAAAUGUACAUAAAUCGCCAUUUUUGUUGACUUACUGUCUUCACUUUAAUUUGAUUGCAAAUUUUAGAGUUUUUCAUGAUUCAUUUGUAUUGGGUUUUUCACCGCUCAAAUGAUAUGAAUUUUUGUAGGUGCAGCUGGAUGGUUAUAGUAUUAUUCACUGAUCAAUCACUCAAAUUAUAUGCACUGGCAAGUUAUGCUGGCAUUUAGGCUGGCUUCUAAAAAACAAUAGAAUGGAUUUUGCUUAUUUUGAUUUGCAAAAGAGGACUGAAAUAUGCCGCUGUGUAUACAUUAAUUAUCUUGUUUUACGUACAAUAUUCAUAGAGUGAAUUAUGAAUUGAUGGAAUUUGUUGUAAAAAUAUGUUUUGAAACCAAGUGGUAUCAGAUUAACUACCUUUUUUUGUAGAGUAAUGAAAUUACCAAAGUGGAUAUUAUGUAAAGAAUAAAGAACGAGUGUGAUGAAAUACAUUGGCACAGCUUUGUUAAUAGCAGAUCAUAAUUAUAUUUAGUAAAAAGUAAUAUAGGGGUUUUAUCGCUUGUAUCAUAUCUUUUCAAAGAAUCAAUUCUAGACUUCUAUAUUUUCCACAUUUUUUUUUGUGAAGCUGUCUCUAAAACGCCAGAGAUCUAUUUAUGUACAUAUAUAUUGUGUCAAAUGAAGAAAUGAAUUUUUAAAAAGAGAAAGAGAGAAUAUCAUUUUUGAAAGAUUUUAUAAGAUUGAAAGUCUUAUGUACAGUAUGUACAGAAAUCUCAUCUUUACAAAAUUACAACUGUGUUUAGAAAAAAAAAUAGAAUGCUUAUCACUAUCUAUUAUGUACAUGUGAGAUAUGAGUUGAAUACAUUGUAACUCUGACACUGUCUGCUAUUUGGUUGGUUGUUUCUAUUAUCUUGUAGAUAACUUGUUUCAUUUAAAUGCUUUUGCAUUCUCUAUCAUGACUUUGUGAGUGUGUUAUCAUUUUUGUUGUAUUCCUAUCCAUUUUUUUUUACCGUUUGGUUUUUACCCCAUUGUAGACCUUUUUUUGUAAUCUUAUUCAGGUGCAACUGCAAGCUACUUCUGUCUGAUACUUUUCUUAAAUUGCCUUUUUAUUGUUCACUUUCUAAAUCGCAGCCUGGUUAUUGAAUCACCCCUUUUAAUUUUUUCCUGUUACCUUUCUUUUAAAACUAUUUAAACUUCUUUAAUGUUAUCAUGUUGCUACCUCAAUUGUUGAAACAAACAGAAUUUCCUUCUCUUAUGAAUAACAAGCGAAAAAAAAUCUUUAAAAGUCACGUUGUGUCUGUUCAUUUCUGAAAUUCAAUCGAUGAAAUCAAAUAUUUAUGGAAGAUUAAACAUAUCUUCAAUUUUUUAAAUCUUACUUUAUAUUAAAUCAGAGAAUAAAGAAUUUGCUCUAACAAUGUACAGUAAAAAUACACAACAUCACUUGUUCCUGUGAAUAGAAAUUGUUAGGGAACUGGUUAAAUAGUAAAGAAAUAAAAACUGGCUAUUUCACCAGUUGGCCAAAGAUUAUUUACCACUGGAUGUACAAUAAUAGACUAUCAUGAGGUUGCAUUAAGAUUGAAAAAUGAACUUUUAUAUCUGCACAUUCAAUAAACAGGUAGUUUGGUAAAAAAAAU